AUGACAGAGCUUCGCCCUCCUCCAACCCCUUUAGCAUUGUUAAUCGGCACCGCGAUAAUCGCCGGUGUCAGCGGCUACAUGAUCGGAAUCGCGUCUUCUCUCGGGCUUCUCCCAAACCCGUUCGCAGCCAAAGAACCAAGGCGGCGAGGCGUUGACAACUACGACGAUGAAGAAGAGAGCGAGGCAGAGGAUAUCGACUCGUCGAUUCUGGAUCACGCGCCGAACUGGGCGAAUGGGGUAGAGGCGGAUAAGAGGGAUGGGUUGAGGGCUACCGCUGCGAAGAAGGCGGAGGGGAAGAAGGAAGAGGUUGCGAAGACAGCUUGGGAGGGUAGCAAUGAGGAGUGCAAGCUCGUGCUGGUUGUGCGGACUGAUUUGGGGAUGACUAAGGGCAAAAUCGCAGCACAAUGCGGCCACGCGACGUUAGCAUGCUACAAGAACCUCCUCCGCGCCAAGUCGCCAAUUUUGAAAAGGUGGGAGAGAACGGGUCAAGCGAAGGUUGCGCUGCAGGUUAAGAGUGAAGAGGAUCUGGAGACAUUGCAAGCUACGGCGAUUAGUCUGGGGCUUGUGGCGGAGGUUAUUGCGGAUGCGGGGAGGACCCAGAUUGCGAGUGGGAGCCAUACGGUGCUGGGUAUUGGACCCGCGCCCAAGAGUGUGAUUGAUAAGGUUACGGGGCAUUUGAAACUGUUAUAG